AUGGGCGCGGGCACAGGCAUUGCCCUCCGGGGCCUACAAUUCUUUCUCCGCGCCAUCCAGUUCUGCUGCGCCGCCAUCGUCUUGGCCCUCUUCUCCUACUUCCUGGCCACCCUCCACAACCAUGGCAUGUCGAUAGGCGUGUGGGUGAGAGCCGUCGAAGGCAUCUCGGGCGUCGCCGUCCUCUACACCAUCCUCGCGCUCCUCAUGCUCUGCUGCAUCCCCGGCCGCUCGUUCCCGUCCUUCGUCAUGAUGGUCCUCGAUGUGGCAUUCAUCGGCGGCUUCAUCUACAUCGCCGCCGUCAACCGCGGCGGGGCGUCGUCCUGCAGCGGAGAGGUCGAUACUGCCUUCGGGAAGGGGAACGCGGAUACCAACGUGGUGGACAACGGCAACGGUGGAUUCACGGCGCUGCCGAGCUUGAGACAGGCGUGCAAGAUGGAGACGGCGUGCUUGGCCGUGUCGAUUGUUGCCGUUAUCCUUUUCGCCCUCACCCCCUUUAUCAGCCUCGCCCUCGUCCGCCACCGCCGCAAGGAGAUGCGGAUCGGCCCCUCCCCUGACAAUGACUAUACCGAGGGCUACGGCGGACGCAAGCGCUUCAACUUCUUCGGCUUCGGCCGCAAGCGCGAUGCGAACGCAGAUCCCGCCAACGACCCCAACGCGCUGCCGGAGCAUUCCACCCCGGACGACUUGCGCCAUAGCUAUGCGACCGAGCAGACCCGGGUGGGCAGCAGCGCCGGCGCCGGUGGUGGCGGGUAUGGUGGGUUGGGCAACGGCUCGAGCAAGUACGGGAAUGCGGGUGAUAACAUCCCGAUGGGGAACUAUUCGAAUACUGGUACUGGGUAUCGGUAUGAGAACAACGGUGGUGUGUACCGGUAG